AUGCAGUUCAAGAUCGCCUCCCUCGCCCUCCUCGCCGCCUUCCUCGCCCCGACCGCCCUCGCCCACCCCGGUGCUCGCACCGACACCGUCCCCGUCACCUACGACAACACCUACGACAACCCCAGGGGCUCGCUCAACAGCGUCGCCUGCUCCAACGGCGUGAACGGGCUCGUCACCAAGGGCUACACCAUCUUCGCCUCCCUCCCCAACUACCCCUACAUCGGCGGCGGCUUCCCCGUCCCGGGCUGGAACAGCACGGAGUGCGGCUCGUGCUGGACGAUCUACUACGAGGGCAAAAACAUCAACGUCACCCUCGUCGACACCGCCGGACGCGGGUUCAACAUCGCGGAGAAGGCCCUCAAUGUGCUCACGAACGGGCGGGCGGCGCAGCUCGGGCGCAUCGACGCGACGUUCGCCCGCGCGCCUGCUGAGGCGUGCGCUUGA